AGCAGCCGGCGAGCGCUGCAGAGAGAGCCGCACUCUGAGCCCGACCCCGCGGCAGCCGCUCCCCCUUCCCUCCCCGCCUCUCCCCGCCCUCAGAGCGAUGUCCCGGCGGAGCGGGCAGUGAGGCGGCGGCCGCCAAGGGACGCCCUGAGCGGCGAGAGGCGGAGGCACGGCGGGAAGCGCUCCGUCCCUCCCUUCCAGCUCUCUCCCCUCCCUCUCCCCGCGCCCGGGCGGAGCAGCGGCCGUUUUCCCUCGCCCUUCAUGCCCGGGCGGCGGCCACCGGCGGCGCUGCCCUCCGCUCCCGCCUCGCCGCCCCCGCCCUUCCCGGGCUCGCCGCCGCGCUAGGCCCGCCGGGCGGCCCCGCGCAGUGCCCUCCGCGGGCCCGGCACCAGGCGGGCCGGAGGAUGAGCCAGCAGCCGGCGGGGAAGAUGUCGGCGGCUCCCCUGGCGGCCGAGGCGCUGGAGCCAACGGCGGGGAUGCUCGAGGGCCGCCAGAGGAAGCUGGAGUCCAUGAUCCGCGACCCGCGCUCCCCGGUCAACGUGGAGAGCCUGCUGGAUGGCUUGAAUUCUUUGGUCCUUGAUCUGGAUUAUCCAGCGCUGAGGAAGAACAAGAACAUUGAUAAUUUUUUAAAUAGAUAUGAGAAGAUUGUGGAAAAAAUCCGAGCUUUACAAAUGAAAGCUGAAGACUAUGAUGUUGUUAAGGUGAUUGGAAGAGGGGCUUUUGGAGAAGUGCAGCUGGUUCGCCAUAAAAUGACACAGAAGGUUUAUGCAAUGAAGCUCCUUAGUAAAUUUGAAAUGAUCAAAAGAUCAGAUUCAGCCUUUUUCUGGGAAGAAAGAGAUAUCAUGGCCUUUGCCAACAGCCCGUGGGUGGUUCAGCUAUUUUGUGCCUUUCAAGAUGACAAAUAUUUGUACAUGGUAAUGGAAUACAUGCCAGGCGGAGAUCUCGUAAACCUUAUGAGCAAUUACGAUGUGCCUGAGAAAUGGGCCAAGUUCUACACAGCUGAAGUUGUUCUUGCUCUUGAUGCAAUUCACUCCAUGGGCUUGAUACACAGAGAUGUGAAGCCUGACAAUAUGCUUUUAGAUAAGUAUGGGCAUCUGAAGCUGGCAGAUUUUGGCACUUGCAUGAAAAUGGAUGAAACAGGAAUGGUGCGCUGCGACACAGCAGUGGGGACGCCCGACUACAUCUCGCCCGAAGUGCUGAAGUCGCAGGGGGGUGAUGGCUACUAUGGACGGGAAUGUGACUGGUGGUCUGUAGGGGUUUUCCUUUUUGAGAUGUUAGUUGGUGAUACUCCUUUUUAUGCAGACUCACUAGUAGGAACAUAUAGUAAAAUUAUGGAUCACAAGAACUCAUUGCAUUUCCCUGAUGAUGUGGAAAUCUCUAAGCAUGCAAAGAACCUUAUCUGUGCCUUUUUAACUGAUAGGGAUGUGCGACUUGGGAGAAAUGGGGUUGAAGAAAUAAAGCAUCACCCUUUCUUCAGAAGUGAUCAGUGGAACUGGGACAACAUUCGAGAGACUGCUGCUCCUGUUGUUCCUGAGCUUAGCAGUGAUAUAGAUAGCAGUAAUUUUGAUGACAUUGAGGACGACAAGGGAGACGUGGAGACCUUUCCAAUCCCCAAAGCCUUCGUGGGAAACCAGCUGCCUUUCAUAGGAUUUACCUAUUACAGAGACAAUUUGUUGCUAAGUGACUCCUCUCAGUCUUGCAGAGAAAACGAAUCUGUGCAAUCUAGUAAAAAUGAGAAAAUGCUAUCCAAAAACAACUGCUCCAGUGGAAAGUCUCUGGCUACAGAGCACAACAAAGGGCGGUUUCAGAAUAAACUAAGCAAGCUAGAAGAACAGCUCAGUAAUGAAUUACAAGCCAAAGAUGAACUAGAACAGAAGUACAGGUCUACAAGUGUUCGUUUAGAGAAGAUAGCGAAAGAGCUUGAUGAAGAGAUAACUUCAAGGAAGAAUGUAGAGUCUGCAGUCAGGCAGUUAGAGAGAGAGAAGGCUCUUCUUCAGCAUAAGAACACAGAAUACCAGAGGAAAGCAGAACAUGAAGCAGAUAAGAAACGCAAUUUGGAAAAUGAGGUUAACAGUUUGAAAGACCAACUUGAAGAUUUAAAAAAGAGGAAUCAGAACUCUCAAAUAUCCAAUGAAAAAAUCAAUCAACUACAAAGACAGUUGGAUGAAGCCAAUUCUUUGCUGCGGUCAGAGUCUGAUACUGCAGCCAGGUUAAGGAAGAACCAGACAGAAAGCACAAAGCAAAUCCAGCAGCUGGAAAUUAAUAAUAGAGAACUACAAGAUAAGAACUGCCUGCUAGAGAAUGCAAAACUCAAACUGGAGAAGGAGUAUCUCAAUCUUCAGUCAGCUCUAGAAUCAGAAAGGAGGGAUAGAAGUCAUGGAUCAGAGAUUAUCAGUGAUUUACAAGGUCGAAUAUCUAGCCUUGAAGAAGAAGUGAAAAAUGGAAAGAGUGCGUUAGCCAAACUGGAAAUGGAGAAAAGACAAUUGCAGGAAAAGCUCACAGAUUUAGAAAAGGAAAAGAGCAACAUGGAAAUAGAUAUGACAUAUAAAUUUAAAGUUAUGCAGCAGAACCUUGAACAGGAAGAGGCUGAACAUAAAGCCACAAAAGCGCGAUUAGCAGACAAAAAUAAGAUCUAUGAGUCUAUAGAGGAAGCAAAAUCUGAAGCCAUGAAAGAAAUGGAAAAGAAGCUUUUGGAAGAGAGAGCUUUAAAGCAGAAGGUAGAAAACCGGCUGUUGGAAGCUGAGAAGCAGCGCUCCAUGUUGGACUGUGAUCUCAAACAGUCACAGCAGAAGAUAAAUGAGCUCCUUCGGCAAAAGGAUAUACUGAGUGAAGAUGUAAAAAACUUGACAUUAAAAAUAGAGCAAGAAACACAGAAGCGCUGUCUCACUCAAAAUGACCUCAAGAUGCAAACACAGCAGGUCAACACCUUGAGGAUGUCGGAGAAGCAGUUAAAACAGGAGAAUAACCACCUUCAGGAAAUCAAAUUAAGUCUGGAAAAACAAAACAAUGAACUCCGCAAGGAACGUCAAGAUGCAGAUGGACAAAUGAAAGAGCUUCAAGACCAGCUCGAAGCCGAGCAAUAUUUCUCAACUCUUUAUAAGACACAAGUUCGAGAACUUAAAGAAGAAUGUGAGGAAAAGACCAAAAUUUGUAAAGAAAUGCAGCAGAAGAUACAAGAGUUACAGGAUGAGAGAGAUUCCUUGGCUGCUCAGCUAGAGAUUACUUUGACAAAAGCAGAUUCAGAACAACUUGCCCGUUCCAUUGCUGAAGAACAGUACUCUGAUUUGGAAAAAGAGAAGAUUAUGAAAGAGCUGGAGAUUAAAGAGAUGAUGGCGAGGCAUAAACAGGAACUUACUGAGAAAGAUGCCACCAUAGCCUCAUUGGAGGAAGCAAAUAGGACACUAACUAGUGAUGUGGCUAACCUUGCUAAUGAGAAAGAAGAACUAAACAAUAAACUGAAGGAAGCACAAGAACAAAUUACAAAGCUAAAAGAAGAAGAAGCAAAUGUAGGAAAUAUUAAAGCACAAUUUGAGAAACAGUUGUUGAAUGAAAGAACAUUAAAAACCCAGGCUGUGAAUAAAUUGGCUGAAAUCAUGAAUCGCAAGGGUCCAGUCAAACGUGGAGCUGACACUGAUGUACGGCGGAAGGAAAAGGAAAAUAGGAAGCUGCAUAUGGAACUGAAGUCUGAACGAGAAAAGUUAACCCAGAUGAUGAUCAAAUAUCAGAAGGAAAUAAAUGAAAUGCAGGCACAAAUAGCAGAAGAGAGUCAGAUACGGAUUGAGCUGCAGAUGACUCUGGACAGCAAAGACAGUGACAUUGAACAGCUUCGCUCCCAGCUGCAGUCACUGCACAUUGGGCUGGACAACAGUAGCAUAGGCAGUGGGCCUGGAGAGGCUGAGGCAGAUGAUGGAUUCCCUGAAUCAAGAUUGGAAGGCUGGCUAUCAAUGCCUGUUAGAAAUAACACUAAGAAAUUUGGAUGGGUUAAAAAGUAUGUCAUUGUAAGCAGCAAGAAGAUCCUGUUCUAUGACAGUGAACAAGAUAAAGAGCAAUCUAAUCCCCAUAUGGUAUUGGAUAUAGACAAACUCUUCCAUGUCCGACCAGUCACUCAGACCGAUGUGUACAGAGCAGAUGCCAAGGAAAUUCCUAGGAUAUUCCAGAUUCUAUAUGCUAAUGAAGGAGAGAGCAAAAAGGAACAGGAAUUUCCUGUGGAGCCCAUGGGAGAGAAGUCAAAUUACAUUUGUCACAAAGGACAUGAGUUUAUACCUACUCUUUACCACUUCCCAACCAAUUGUGAAGCUUGCAUGAAGCCCCUGUGGCACAUGUUUAAACCUCCUCCUGCUCUGGAAUGUCGCCGCUGCCAUAUCAAAUGUCACAAAGAUCACAUGGAUAAAAAGGAAGAGAUUAUAGCGCCUUGCAAAGUGUACUAUGAUAUUUCUACGGCGAAGAAUCUACUACUGUUAGCUAAUUCUACGGAAGAACAGCAAAAAUGGGUGAGCCGACUGGUGAAAAAAAUACCCAAGAAGCCUCCAGCACCAGACCCCUUUGCUCGAUCUUCUCCCAGAACUUCCAUGAAGGUACAGCCAAACCAGUCCAUCAGACGACCAAGUCGACAGCUUCCUCCAAACAAACCAAGCUAACUGCUUUCCGUGAAUGCAGACACAGUCAAGGUGAUAAUUUUCUUCCCAUUACAGCAAGACUGAAACAUAUCCCAAAAUAUAUUAAAAAUAUAUAUUUUCCUGAGAGAUUGUACUAUAUAUAUCAGAGGUUUACAUUUUUGCUGCAAUAUAAAUUACUAAUCUCUGAGGGUUUUCCUGUAUUCUCCCAAGUGACUGAUCAGUUGAGGAAUGGUUGGUAAAUAGUCAAAGGAUAUGUUAGGUAACCUUUUAAGCUCUGUUCCACAAAAGCUUUCUUGGCAAGACACAUACACUACAUUUCAUAAAAGGAUCGAGAGGAAUGAGUAUUGCAAUGGAAGAAACUGACUUUUCAGCUUUGGUAAAGAUGCCACCAGCAUGUCUGCACGUAGAACCGGAGGAGGAUCCACCACAGUGAUAGAGACUGCAUCUGUGAGAAGUGACCAUUAAACUGUGUAAAUAUAUUGUACUGUAAUACUGCAAGAGGGGUUUAAAAAUCUUUCCACUUUAUUUUUUUAUGCUUAUUAAUCAGAUACCGUUACUUAUUGCAGUUGCAACUAUGCACUUGUAUAAAGCCAUAAUGUUGAAGUUUAUAUCAUUCAUACACAUCUAUCAGAAGCUGCAUGUCAGUGUUCAGCAGCUAGUAUAGGUUUGAAGUAUAUACUAGUUUCAGCUACAUCAUCAUGGGCAGUCCCCUUGUACCUGUCUAAUUGCCUUAAUUUAAAUUUUUUUCAAGUUUUUUUUGCCCAUUCUUUCUAUUUAAGGAAAAAGAAAGUUUACCAGCUCUUAGGAUGCAGUUUUGCUUUGUGGCAGAAAAAAUAGUGCACUAUUUUUACACCUAUUAAGUAUAUCAGUGUCAAUCUAUUUUGAAUGUAUAUCAACUGGUUUUAAGGGUGGAGAAGUGUUGGUUACAGAAACAAUGUCUGAGAGCAUGGGAUUUACCAGACCAUUUGCUUGUACAUGUAACUGCUCAUCCAGCCCUUUUUACAAACCUCAAUACUCCUUAUUGACUUAUAUUAACCCUCAUUAAGUGCUAUGAAACUUCAUUUUGCCUUGUUUUUGCAUACUCUCCUAGAUGUGUUUUUUUUUUUUUAUUUCUGGAAAAUAAAAGAAUCUGUGACUAUUUUUACAUUUCACAACACAAUAUCUGAGGACUGUCACAAACUUUAAGAAAAGUGAAACAUACUGUAGAUGUAUUUUAAAGUUUUAAUCUGGUUCUCUAGCACAUAGCUGUAGGCAUAGAUAAAAAAAUUCAGUAGUGUGUUUUGAGAACUGAUAGCUGGGAAGAAAGGGCCUCAGAGGCACUUAUUCUGACUUUUUUUUUAACUUGGAGUUGUACAAAAAAUAUAAUAUAUAUGGGCUCAUUCAUGAUGUGUUCAUAAUUAUCCCAGAAAAUGCAUGUUUUAUACAACUACAGUAUGUGAUGUUAAACAUAUUGACAGUAAAAAAAUGUAGUCUCCUAUUUGGUCUCUUUAUAUAUAUAUAAAUAUAUAUAUAUAUUUAGAAUAUAUAUAUAUAUAAAAUAUUGUGUGGGAGUGCAGUAAUUUAAAAUAUGAUCUAACACUUCAAUGAAGGAGGACAUUUCACUUUAAAAUUUUGUUUGUUUGUUUUUGUUUUUAAAGAGUGUUGAAAUGUUUGGAAGGAUAGGACCAUGUUUUAUUUAACACUAUCAUGAAAAGUGGACUUGGAAACACUGAAAUACUGAAAAUUAAUAAAUAUAUUUACAUUUUGUAACCUCUACUACAGUUCAGCUUAACAAAGCAAGAAUGUAUUCAGUCUUCUAUUUAUGUGCUCACAAAGCAAAAUGUUGUUUGUGAGUUCUUAAAUUCAAAACUAAAACUUUCAUAUCAUUUCUGUUAGGUAUUAUAACCCACAGUACAGCUACGGUGGUUUUUCCCUGCUUAUUUUGAUUUACAGAAGUACGGUAUAUUUUUAGAUAAUGCAGAUUUGCAUAGAGUACAACAUUAAAAAUGUAUACAGUAAAACUGUUUCCAUUCACUGAAUGCAUAAAUAUUUUAUAUAUAUAUAUAAAAAAAUGUUACAUUGUGGGAAGUUCUAUCCUUUUCUGAAUUGGAGAAUAUUAUAUAUAUAUAUAUAUAUUUUUAAAUAAACUAUUUGAGUAAGGUAAAAUAGUUCCUGAACUUGAGAAGCUGGUAAUUAAUUGAAAUAUUUAAAUCUAAAGAUAACUACUGCAGCAGAUAUGGGAAAGGCAAGGGCUGCUCCAAAGACAGCCCAGCAAAGGCUGUGUGUUUGGAGAAAGAGCAGAUUCCAGGGAGCUGUUUGGCAGCUCCUCCACUGCUGGGGCUGGAUCCUUUGCACUUUCUUUCCCUGGCUUGCCCUCAUUUACUGUGAGUCCACGGGGCCCUGCUGAGCCUGACAUUUUCGGAGAUGUACUAUAUGAUAGUAUUGCUAGUCCCAGUGUGUGAAUUCCAUGCUUGUACAAACAGUCCUUAGCUGUACGGACAGCAGGCUGUGCUGAGAUGGAGUCGGGGAGCAGUACAGGCCUCAGGGAGCGCUGGGCUCCUGUGCUCUGCCCAGAGCAGAGCUCAGUUAGCACGGCUUCCUCAAGGCCCUGGGCUGAGGUGCACAAACCUCACUUUGUACCCAGCACACAAAAAGAAGGCAGAGCUGCCCUUCUGUUCUCCCUUAUCCUGCUGUGAAAUGCAAACACCUCUUUAAUGCUAGUUCCUGGAGUUUUGUGUUGUUUCCUUAUUGUCUAGUGGUGACCUGUUAAUAUUUUUGAGAGAAGGGCAUAUUCAUGAAGUAAGGAGUAUUUGACUUGAAAGUCAGUGAUGUUUUAACAUUUUCUUUUUGUUACAGUCUUGUCCUAAGCAAACAGGACAUUUUUAUGGCCUGAAUGACUUUCCUAUAGAAAAUUCUCUCAUUGCAAGUCCUUUUGUCUCACAAGCAUAAAGAAGUGGUAUAGCCAAGCUGCAGAUUAAUCUUCUGGAAAACCAGAGGUCAGAGUUGGAGCCAGAAGCUCAAGGCACUUGUACAGAAAUUGUUCCUUAGUUCCCAGUCCCAAGAGCUCACCAGAACAGAAGGACAGGCAGAUCCCACUGAAGUUACCUUGUCAGGUGUCAGAAAGACGUUUCUGCAAUGAGAUUUCCACUUCUGUCCUAGUUGUGUGCUGCAAUUCCCUACCUCUUGUGGUCCCUGCCAAAGUGCAGCUCCUCCAGCACUGCCAGCAACCCAGCACCAGGUCUGCUUCUAACUAGAGGAAAACUGGUGGUUCUUGUGCUUCUGAGCAUGGCCGAUGCUGUAACCAAAAACAUGACACAGAAUCACAGUAGGAUGUAGGACUUGGAAACAUGCAAGAGACUCAAAGAUCUUAGCGGUGACAGGGGCCAAAUUUAAAACAUCACUGAAAUUUCACUUACUUUCUCUUACUGCCUCUUGAAAACACUGAACCUCCUACAUUUUGACAGGCAUUCAGUGGCUCUCUGAAGGCAGCAAGGCCAGGAAAGCUGCCACUGAAAUUAUGGGCUUUUUCUCUUUAGUUUCUUUUUUGUUUCUAAUGUCGAGUGAUCAUUAGAAAUUUGAGCCUUUCUGUUUGUAAUCUUACAAUGUAUUAAUUUCCCAUCUAGCUUUGAGAGAAUCCUUAAAAGAGAAUUAUAUCUUUUGGUCCCAAGUGCCUUUACCCAUCCUGUGCUUGUGAGGUUGUAUAUGAGAUGCUGCUGUGAAAAGGGGGAGCUUAUAUGAAAGCAAACUUCUUACCUGCAUUGCUCAUAAAAACCCUUAAUCACCUCCUUAUUCUGAUUUUGAGGCAGAAGAACAAGGUCCAGUUCAGUGAACUGGAGUAUUUCAGUCUCCUCCACAUUCCUGGGUAGUUUGCCUUGACAUUCAUGUUACAAUAAUGAUUAAUUUAUUUUCUCAUGUAAUCAUAGAAUGCAUCAAGUUGGAAGAGAUCUAUAAAGAUCAUCGAGUCCAACUCUCUGCUCCUCACAGAACUACCUAAAACUAAACCUUAUGACUAAAAGCAUGAUCUAGACACUCCUUGACCUCUGACAGGCUUGGUGCCUUUCUCAGUGCAUUACAGUUUUUCACAAAUAAUCAUCUCUGCACAUAGUACACUUUAAAUUGAAAACAUUAUUUCUUAUUUUUUAAGAUAAUCUUCUGAAUCAUUUUGGGUUCUAUCAGAAUCCCAAGGAUCACAGAGUUUGCCUGCUGCUUUGAAGUACCCCUCGUGAGGGUGGGAAGGAUUCUUCUUUCUAAUCUCCAUAAAAGAUAUUGAUGGAGUGGUUCUGAAAAUACAAUUUGUGUUCGAUGUUGAAGUUGCCUAAAAAUUGGACAGGUAUACAUGCUCAGACAUUCUCAUCUGAGAAACUGGACAAGUCUACUGCAAUGUGUGUGGCAGAGAAGAACACUCAAAACACAUCCAGCCUAGUUCUCCCCAGAAACUACUGCAGUGAAUGGAAAAGCUGUGGCUUUUAAUGAAAAUUGGGGUGUGGAAUCUUUGCCACUUUGUAGGCAGGAAGCAGUGUUUUUUAAAGGUAAGAAAGCCACAUUACUACUCAAUAUUGCAAGGGUGAAGCCUUGGAUUUGACUGCAGCUGCUUUUACUCCAAUAAUCUUGUAGAAGGUGCAAGAUGAAAGUGAGCUUUCAAAAUGAAAGUCAUGGUGAAAGGUCACAAAAUUUAAAUUAUGAGUGUAUGUAGUCUUGAUACCUUAAAGAACUCUGGAAAAACACAUCAUCACCCUGAAAAGAAAGGGCAGAGAGUCCAAUAAUGUCAUGUCCCUGCAGCCCUUACUUGUUGGAGGAGCUGCACAGAAAUGUUUCCACAGCCAAGACAACUGCAUGGGAUCCUUCAGUCUUACCACCUCAUUUUAAGGUCAAGGCCUCCAGUGUUUGUUCAGAGAUGUGUGCCUGCUUCUCUGCAUACUUUCCCUGUGUCAUGUCAUGUAGUUCUUGUCAUUUGUCAUUACUGUUUGGGGUGCUUUUUGCAAUAGCCCAGGAUGCUCUUGCACCACUUGGCAAGCAUGGCUUUCCAGCGACUGCACACCAGGCUUGUGAGAUCACAGCCAGUCCUCUUGUCCUUUGCAUCACCAACUGCUGAGACUUCGGGCACUGAAUUGCCUUCAAUAAGUGCUACUUUUUAUUAACAAGUGAACUGAUAGAAACUUGUUUUGGAGUUACCUAAGAUAUUAAAUCCCUUUACGUUUUUAAGACUGAAGGAGCUGCAUACCCCACCUGAGGUCUGAGCUCUGUUUCAUACUGGCUCACCUUGCACUGUCUCUGACCUCAACGGUUCCAUUUUCUGGUAGGCUCUUGGAGCAGGCCUUGCAGUUGAGUGCAGGUCUGGCUGCAGCUUCAGGACUUGAAUCUGCCUGCUGGUCCCAUGGUCUCAUGUGUCUGUGUGAUGUUUUCCAGGAUAUUACAAUCCCUGUGUCCUGGGGGCCACUUGAGACUCAGUAGGACCUGCGUAGCCUUUAGUCCAAUCUGGAGCCAUGGGGAGAGGCUCCCCUGCCAGCUCUGUUCUGAGCUACAGCUAUGGGAGUUGUAUUACUGGAAGGUGGGCAUUUGUGCAAAUUAAAAAAACCAACAUGGCUGAGAGAGGAAAAUGCCCAUGAGCUCAGAGAGUCCAUGAAGAAUGUAAGUUGUGCUGACAGUGCAUUUCAUGGGGGAAAAAAACCCUCACAAAAUAAGUCAGACUCUUGAAAGACCACUGUACAGGAUCUGUAUAUAGUCAGCUGUUCAAAGGUGAAAGAACUUCUCUCCAGUAAUUAUUUAAAAUAUGCUUUAUUGAAGCUCAAUUCGUGCUUCAUUAAGAUUUACCUGACAGAGGCAACAGUGAGGCAUAGGAUGUGUGUUAUUCCAUUUAUGAUUUUCAUAUAGUAUGAGUCUUGGUACUGGUGGCCAAAGCCUUCGCAUUCCAAAGCAGAAAUCUUGUACAUUCCAGAGCAGGCAUAUACACAGAUGACUUGCAAUUAUAAUAAGGUAGUAAGUAGAAUUGAUUUUCAGGACGGAGCCUUGUUAUUGUUACUACACAGUUUGAAUCAGAACCAUCAUGAGCCAACUUAACUUGUCAUAUUUUAGACAGGUGCAGGUUCUGUUCUUUACAUCAUUUUCCAGAAUACCUGACAGAUAAAGUGUCUGCCCUCUUAAAGCUCCCUCCCUGUGAGUCAGUGAUACCACAUAAGGCACAGAGGUACCUGUUUAGGCUUCUGACAAUUUAAGAAAGUUCUAAGAUAAAAUAAUGAAACAAAACAGGGUAUGAACAAAAUUGUGACAAUUAUUUAAACUGUUCUUCAAGUAUCCCAAAUUAAAUUUCAUCAAAACUAUGAUGUAAAAAUCUCUUACUUUACUCCUAGCCCAAAGAUUGAAUUUUUUUUCCAAGACACAGAUGGCUGCCCCAAACUACUGCCAAUGUAGAAUGGAAUAGCUGACACCUUUAACUUGAAAAUGACUGUAUGUCUGUCUUGCCACUAGGCAGGAAACACCUGAGGUCCAUCAGGACUCAGGUCUGUGAGGCUUGCAAGGUCUUGUAAUUGGAUCCAUCACAAGUGAUGAUCUGUCAGAUUCUUACAGUGAUGUUCAUUGUGGCUCCCAGGCACCUGUUUGACCUCAACAGUUGUCAUCACCGAGAACUGUGAAGUGUCCUGGAGAAUGCUGGCUCAAAAUCCAGCAAAUUUAAUUUAGUACAAACCAAGAACUUUAGAACAUCCUAUUUUAAGUUUUUUUUUCAAUUUCCUCACCUUCAAAAGUGAGACAGCCUUAGACCAUUAUUAGUGAUGACAGUGACAUUUCAUGUUCUGCUUCAUACAUAAAUAAGAAUUUCAAGUAUGGAAGAAUUUGGAAGAGAGAGGAAAAACCAGCCUGAAGAGAAUUUGGAGGGAAGUCAUUAUUAUUUAUCAUCAGGGAAAAUACAUGGCUGGGAAACUACCUCAUAUCAGUUAUCUCCACAUCUGUGGAGUUUUUCAUUUACAAUAGUUCCUUGUGUGGACUUAGCUGUUAUUUCCUUUUUUUAUUUUCCCCCUAUUACAUAUGUCACUAAGUGGAUGAUUGUUUGGUGGAGGAAGAGUAAUUUUACCACAUUUAAAGAAGUGAGUGAAGGUGUUCUAUAAGAUUGGGGCCAUUCAGCUAAUUCUGAAUUACUUUCUCCAGAGUGAAACUGCACUAAAAUCCAGCUCUCAACCUGCAGCGGUUGGGGGCUGUCACUGCCUUCCCAGCCCACUCCUUUCUCUUGUGUUUCAGUAGAUCGGCUGAGCAGAGCCAGGCUGGGGAGCAGCCACGUGCACGUAAGGCAGACAGAGGCUCGGGGCUCAGGCAGGGACAGGGGCUCCUGAGCAGUCCAAGCAAUCCCAUGCCUUGGUGGAUUGCAUAAGGAAAGAUCUGUGUCUGCUUCACACAGAAUGCCCAGUGCUAAGGGAGGCCCAUAGGGAGGGGAGAGGAUGCGUUUGCAUUUGUGUUCAAUGUUUGUUCACUGAGGACAGUCCAGAAAAAAUGAACUAUACACCUCUUCCCCUGUCCACAUCCAUGUCCAGACCUGCAGCCUGCUGUCUCUGGGCUCACAUCCUCAUUCUUUCAAUAGGAAAUCUCAUGGUAAAUGUUUUCUCUCAUACAGCUGAAGUGAGCUUCUAGCUUACCUGCUGCCCAAUCCAGUCACAGUUUGUCACAGCCACUGCUGGAGGUACUGGGGUAAUUUAGUGGACUGUACUGGAACUCAGAGCUUGUCUUCUCACAGACAAGAAGACUCACAGUUUUUGAAAGCCUUAGCAAGACACACACUUUGUCAGCCAGGGCAGGACAGGUUGUGUUGCCUUGUAAGCAUGUUGUGAACUGGUACAAUUAGACACCGAGUGUGUAAUUCCACACCUGUACAGCAUCUGUGAAUGGGGCUGGAUUACUUCCAGCCCUGUGGACAAGAGCUGCUUACUUGCUUACACCUUCUGCCGUAAAUCCAAGAUGCUUUCCCUGCUUGCUUUUGCCCUGCUGCUGCAUUACACAGCCAAUGACCUCCCUGUUUCCACCCUGAUACUGGUGAAUGACAAGUUUAACAAGAUUUAUCCUGCCUAUGUGUUUGUCUAAAGCUGUUGCCUUUAAUCCAGCCACCGAGAAGAUUAUUCUUUACCUACUGGAAAACACAGUGCCUGCGCUUUCAUGGGGCUUGCCUGGAAUUUGAAUGUGGCUCUGUUUAUGAAAGUUACUCUCUGAGAGAGGAAAAAGUGUGUACAACUAUUUACUGCUAGUUUCUGAUUUGUUCCAUAUCUCUUGCAACUUGAAUUGAUCCAGCUUUCCAAGUCCACAAAAUUACUUUACCUUAAGUUCACUAAUUACCCAGCUUUUUUUUUUUCUCAGUCUUUUUUUCCCACAGGUUUCUAAGGUGAUUUAUUCAAAAUGCAUUAAGUAACCUAUUAAGAACUGUUCUUAAAUGCAUUUUCAGUAUUUUAUGAUAAAAAAACCAUCUUGAGGUGCUGAUUCUCAAACCAAAAUGGAGCAGCUUCAUCUUGCUACAGCAUCACUCAGGAGUGAAAGAUGUCAAUAACAGAGAGGGUUUGAAUUCCAUACAAAUCUUUCUCUGUCAAGAAAAGGCUUUAAUUAAAAAGCAAGUGUGUUUUUUUUUCAUUUUAAGAUGCUGGAGCUCUUUAGCAUUUGGCAGGUCACUAUUCAGCCUGAUGCUUCAAGUGUUAAGGUGAAAGCUGCCCAUUUAUGACCUGUAAUGAAUAUUUCAUUUUCUCUCCAUAUAUGGAGAGAACAAUAAACAAUAAAAACUCAAAUGCAAUGAAAAUUAACUGUAAGAAUGACACUAUCAAUCUUGAAAAAUAGCAUUUAUUAGUAUCACCUGGAAAAUGUAUCACAUGCCACUUGCCACCAUUUAGACCACUUCAGAUACUUUACACACAUUUAGUAAAAUCAGAAUGUUUACAAUUAAUCUUUCAACCAACAUUGAAAGAUUUGACUUUUUAUUGGAGCAGUAAAGAAAAGCUCAUCUUUGACUUGCUGUCAGUGAUGUGGGAUACAUGAAAUCACUGCCCACAGACACAUCUCUUCCCAGCCCUUCCCACUAAAAUUUAGAGUACAAAGCAGUUGCUUUCUGAUGGUGAAUGCUCCAAUUGCUGCGUGCUCACUGGCAGAAACAUCUGCUUUUGCAGAUCCCUUUGCUCCACAGCAGUCACACAAUUUAGAAUGUUUUGAAGAAAACCUGCCUCAAAUGGAGUCAAUGCAGUCUUCCCAUAGUUUUCAAGGGUGUUGGGAUCAAGGGUGCCUAGGUUUUUACAUGCCAAUCAACAGAAUACCAUAAGAACUCUUGGAAUGUUGUAUCUUUUAAUUUUGGGGAAUGUAAUGCUAAAUGAAGGCAAGCUGUAUGAUUACUAAUGUAACUUUUGGUUGUGAAGGCAGUACUUUCAAAACCAAAAUCCUCUGUUAAUAGUUGUCAAGAAUAUCCUUUCCCCUUUUUUACUCUAAGUACUACAAAAUUUAUUAGAAUUUCUGAAGUAAAAGUUUAAGUGAAGUCUAUGUUCUUCAACACACUUAGCACUGACGGGCCAAAAAUUCAUGAACCACAGAGCAGUAUCACCAAAACCUGACAACUGCAGAAGAUCAGUCUGCUGAGAUGCAUCAAGGUGCACAUGUCACUGUCAGUAUGGGUGGUGUUUGGGAAUUCUGGAUAUCAUUCCAGGAACUUUUGCUUGAAUGGUAUUUUUAACUGUUGGCCACAGUUUCAUUAAUUCCCAUACAUUCCUGUCCCUGCUGUUCCCAAAACUAGUAUGUUCAGUGAAUGACAGUUCAGGUUGAAAAAUAAUUUGUAGUUGAGUUUUUGCUCUCUUAUCCAAUAAAAACUGGGUAUGCUGAGGAAAGUGACUAUGGGUAUCCUGUAUCAGCUGUAUAAAUUGUACUAUUUAAGUGUUGCAUGUAAGUGCUACAAUCCAACUGGAUUUGUGAUUUAGUAAUUAGAACCUUAUUCUGGAUUGGGCCUUGACUCAGAUUUUCUUCAUCCUAAAAUACAGACAGUUAAUGUUGAACUAAUUGAGUUACUUGCAAGAAGAAGACAAACUUCUGUUGUGGUUUUACAGUUUUGCAGCAGGACAAGUCAGUAUGUUGGUGCAAAAUUGAUCAUGUAUAAUUUGAAGAAAAUUGCUUAUAUGUAACCAGAAAGUACUGAAGUGAUACCAGAAUAUAUAUACAUCUAACUAUGAAAUACCUUGUAGUAAAAAAUCCAGAGAAAAUGUGAUAUCAGUGAAACUUGUCUGAAAUGACCAAUAAAAAUAUGCUGCUUAAAUUAA